GUAAUAAAUAAAAUUUAACUGUGUCAGUGAUAAAAAUUUGGGAUGGGAACUGGGGAUUGGGGAGUGCUAUCUUAAAUUUAAAAAAUAAAAUAAAAAAAGGCCGGUGAAAAUUAUUGUGGGAGUGAGCCAGUGAGGGACAUAAAAACUGCCGCGGUAUCGCGAGUUAAACUGGUACCUUCCCGGUGUCACCGGAAUGUCUGCAACCCUCGCCGUAGUUCCACUUCCGACCCCGACCUCGUCGCCAAACCGCGCUAUUAGUUCCCACCAUAGCAUCUUUCCAUUAUCCUCUGGCAGGAUAAGAAAUUCAACACCUAUAUCGUCGUCUUCAUUCAUCAGUGUGUCCCAUGGCUUUCUCUGCCGGAAGGCGUCUCGCCGUUCAUCCCCCAGACAUAGACCCCCUUUCUCCCCCGUCAUGGAAUGGCAGGAUUGCACGGUGAAGAUGGACAUAGAUGUGUCCAGUUCGACUGCUUAUAAAUGUUACUCCGAUCGGGAAGCCAUUCCUCAGUGGAUGCCGUUCAUUUCCUCUGUUAAGAUUCUGGAAGAUAAGCCGGAGCUAUCUCGAUGGUCACUGAAGUAUAAAGCAUUUGGACAGGAUAUUGAAUUCUCAUGGCUUGCCCAUAAUAUGCAACCAAUUCCAAACAAGAAAAUUCACUGGAGAUCCCUGGAAGGUCUUCCUAAUAAGUACUGAAUCUUAUAACGUCAAUUUACAGAUUUACUGAUGUUUCAUACUUUAUGGAGCACUAUUGCGGGUGUUUUUUUGGUUAACUACUGCUUCUAGUUUUUGCCCAUAAACAAAACUGGAUGAAGUGUAGAAGAUUGUACCCGUUCCAAUUUAUCUGCCUGGGUUGAUUGAAUAACGCACUUUAAGGAAAAGAAAUUACUUUGUAACAAAAAUAUAAUACUUCGUCUAAAAUCACCUCAUUAAUAUGUCUUCUCUCUUGAAAUUAAAAAGGGCCAUUUUGGCAAUGCUUUAGCCUCGGGCAAGUAAUGAACUAAAUCUAAAUGCGAUAUCAAACUUCCAUUGUUUCUUCCUUUCUACUCCGCAUCAAGGUUUGGGCAACAAAUGCAUCAAUGCAUGGAGGGUCUAUCAGAAACCUCUCUGUUUUUAUAAGGUUAACAGAAACUUCAAUCCUCAAACCCUAAUGGAUUUGGGAUUAUACUGGAUUUGUUAUUGUUGGAAAAGGGUAAAUUGAAAUGUAUAAGAAGGGUAUAUUUUGGGGGACAGUUUAUAUGCAUAGAUUUCUUAGAUAAAGGGAAAUUAGAGGAUUUUCCUCUGGGUAAACUUUGUUCACCAGAGAUGGAAAUGAUCGGAGAGAGUGGGGAGAUCGGAGAUGGAAAUGAUCCAUUAAGUGCACAUGUUUCAUUGAUAAAUAAAACUUCAAAGAUAGUAUGCGUUUUCAAUAUGUUUGCUGUGAAAUGUUUCAUGAACUCCAAAUGGUGCUACGAUCUAAAUACUUUCUUACCUAUGAUGACAGGGGAGUUGUUCGUUUUUUCCCUAAAGGUGCUUCAUCAUGUACUGUGGAGCUAACAGUUUCGUAUGAAGUUCCUUCAUUGUUGAUUCCCGUGGCAUCAGUGAGAAUUCCAAACUCUGAUCUACAAUCCUAACUCAGAUUUUGGUUUGAUAGUGAAUCUUUCCUUUGUGAAUCUUCUUUCUAAUUUCCUUGGUGCGCCCAGGCGUUGCGACCUUUUCUUGAAAGCUUACUGGUCCGUGGGUUAGAAGGGUUCGCAAACUUUGCCAAGGGCUACACAGCUGGUCAACCCAUUGAUGCCAAUGCUGUGGAAAAGUGACCAGUGAUUGAAUCUAUCUACUCAUAUGUUUGCCUGGGCUUGUUUUUUAAGGUUUAAACAAGCCAUUGAUUGUAGUAAAAGCAACAUAAGAGCAUUAAAUAGGUACUACUAAUUCGGUGUAACUUUGUAUUCUAAAUGCCACCUGCAGUCAUAUCGUUAAUCUCUCUUUAUACACAAGUGGAAAUGAUAAAAAUGCAUAGUUUACAAAAUACCCCUUCAAGACCUUUAACUUUCUCCAUGUAUACUAACUGCAUUACUGUAUCAAAU